CUACGGGCGCUGCGGAGGGUCAAAUCUCGCGCGCUGACGUGAUGUGUGCGGAAGUACCGCUGAUUCAGUUACUAACAGCUGGAGCUGCUUCGUGCCAGGAUCACACAAGCGGAUCGUGGAGGGCGGAUUAACAGAGAUGGACGGCAAUUUGACGCUGCAUUUAGCGAACUUCAGCACUCUGUUCGUGUGUAUGGUGCUGAAGUUCCCGCAGAUAUUCGUGAUGAUGCGGGCCAGAGCGAGUGCUGGAGUCAGUCUGAACAGUCUGCUGCUCGAGCUGCUCGGGUUCAUAGUAUUCAUGUCCUAUCAGAUGUAUUAUGACUACCCACCGCUCACAUACCUGGAGUAUCCCAUCCUCAUUGCUCAAGAUGUUAUAGUGCUCCUGUUAAUCCUGCACUAUAACAGGAACCUGAAACACAGCCUCAUAUACGCAGCACUGUUUGUGGGUGGAUGGCAGCUGCUUACAGUACAGAAGUGGGUGAUUGAUCUGGCCAUGAGUUUGUGCACUUUCAUUAGUGCCAGCAGUAAACUGGCACAGCUUCAGUGUUUGUGGCAGUCAAAGGACUCCCGGCAGGUCAGCACUCUCACCUGGGCUCUGGCCACAUAUACAUGCCUGGCGAGGAUCUUCACCACCAUCAUCACCACAGGAGAUACACAAGUUCUCAUUCGGUUUGUCGUCAUGACCAUUCUGAACAUGUGGGUCACGGUUACAGUCAUCUACUACAAACCUCAUGCAGUGAAGCAGGAUUAAGAGGAUGUCAUGCAGUGUAUCUCAAUGUAUUCUCUGUCUGCUGGUGGUGUUUUUUUCUAGAUUGAGGUCAGGUGCUAAUUGCGAUUAAUCACAUCCAAA